UCUCGGGACGGAGCUGCUCUCCCCACGUCGGGGCGACAAGGAGGAGGAGGAGGAGGAGGAGGAGGAGGAGGUACAGGAGGAGGAGAAGGAGGAGAAGCUGUGCGCGUCGCCCGCCCGCAGUCGUGCGCGGCCCGUCCUCGCGAGGCGCGGCGCGGCGCAGCGGCCGCGCCUCCGCAGGCGAGGCGAGACGCCGAGGGGGCGCGCUGGCCUCGCUGCUGUGAGCGGUUCGCCGCGGCGCGCCCGUGCCGUGAGCAGUGGGACGCUGGUGCCUCUGGGGGUCGACGCUGCGAAAAAAACACGGCGUCAGGGGUCUGGGAGCCGAUGUCCGCGCCCGCUCCGCGGAGGCCUGGCCCGGUCGGGCUGGGCCUCCGCGGCCAGCCUCUUCUGGGCGUUCCCCUGAAGCUCUGGGAGGGCCCCGCGUACGUACGCCUACCCUGGCCAGGCCUCCGCCAGCGCCGCGCGCCGCGGCGCGCCGCCGACGGUGCGCCGGCGACGCGGAGCGCGCUGCUCGCGAGGAGAGGCGGCCCGGUGGUCGUGUUCCCGGCCGUGGCACUAUUUUUUAAAACUAUUUUCGAAUACUCCCGCGGGACGAAAGUUUAGGCCAAUUUGCCUUUCCCAAUGGAGUUCCCGCGCGCCGGCGCGGAAGGACUUCCCAUGCAUCAAAAAAGUGGAAGAUUUGUUCCUUCCGCCGCGGCUGCGCCACCGCUGCGCUUCGUCGCCUUGGCGCAGGAGAGUCUACGGGGGAGAGGGUGCCAUCGCAAGUCUUGCGACGCUCUCGCCUUCAUUCGCCGCGGAAGGUACACGGGCCAGACUACUGUCACGGCUGGUGCGGUUCCUCCUGCAGGGGGACGUGCCCGAAACAAGAGCGGCACGACGGCGCGGCGGCACGAAGCGCGCGGCGGCUGCCCCCGGGGCCGCGAGGCGGCGGCCCCUGGUGGCCGUGCAGCCCUGGCCGUGGCGCACCAGCCAGGGGUCCCCGAACGGUCUUCGGGCAGUGCCGCCCGGCGUGGCACGCGCAGGAGCAUGCCAGCACGACAUGUCCUCCUGGGAGGCGCGCGUCCGAAAUGGACAUGUAGUAGACCCAUCUUGGUCUACGAGCACCCCUGGGCCUUAGUGGUGCCUGGAAACGACAGGGCCGUAUUUUUACC